UGUUCCCCGGAAGACGUUCUUCGAUAUUUCUCCAUGGCAUAUUAGCGUCCCGAUUUUCCGUUCGUUCGUUUACAAUUUUGAAUCAUGGCUAAUAGGACGGUAAAAGAUGCCAAUAGCAUACAUGGAACAAACCCUCAGUAUCUUGUCGAGAAGAUUAUACGAACACGUAUUUAUGAGUCCAAGUACUGGAAAGAGGAGUGUUUUGGACUUACAGCUGAACUCGUCGUGGACAAAGCGAUGGAGCUGAAGUUUGUUGGUGGUGUAUAUGGAGGAAACAUCAAGCCUACUCCAUUCUUAUGUCUGACCCUAAAGAUGCUGCAGAUCCAGCCCGAAAAGGACAUUAUUGUGGAAUUCAUCAAGAAUGAAGACUUCAAGUACGUCCGUUUGCUUGGAGCUAUGUAUAUGCGCCUGACCGGAACUUCUGUAGAUUGCUACAAGUAUUUAGAACCGUUAUAUAAUGACUACAGAAAAAUUAAAAGCCAGAACAGAAAUGGAGAGUUUGAGUUGAUGCAUGUCGAUGAGUUUAUAGAUGAGUUGCUUCAUGCAGAGAGAGUGUGUGACAUCAUCCUCCCUAGACUUCAGAAGAGACAGGUCUUGGAGGAAGCUGAGCUGCUGGAUGCUCGUAUUAGUGCUCUGGAAGAAGAUCUGGAUGAAGUGGAAACCAGUGAUGAGGAGGAUGAGGAAGAAGAGAAGCCAGAGAGAGUGCAAACACCAGAGCCACACAGAAGAAGUUACAGAGAUAUGGACCGACCACGCAGGUCUCCUUCUCCUCGCUACAGACGCAGCCGCUCACCCAGGAGACGAAGCAGGUCACCUAAAAGGCGAAGUCCAUCACCCAGGCGGGAUCGGGAUCGGGAUCGUCACCGCAGCAAAAGUCCCCGCAGACACCGCAGCAGAUCCAGGGACAGAAGGCAUCGCUCCAAAUCUCCAGGUCACCACAGAAGUCACCGGCAUCGCAGUCACUCCAAGUCCCCAGAAAGUCGGUCAAAGAAGAGUCACAAAAGAAGUCGAAGAGGAAAUGAGUGAUCUCGGUUUUCUGUCUGAUUAUUUUUUUUUUUUUCCCCAACUUGUUUUAUAGAUAUUUUUUGCUCUGUAAUGUAUGGAGAAACACAGAAAUAUCUGUCACAAAAAGCUUGUUCUUAUUCUGUGUAAAUUGCUCAAGCCCAAUUUAGUCCUCUUAAUUUACUUUUUAAUGCCGUUUUAUACUUUUCAUUGAAAUUUACAUUUUUUUUCCAUCCUGAAUUAACUGUACUGUGAAAAAUAAACAUUUGAUGGUCUUGUA